CUCAUCUUCAUCCUUUGAAAAAUUUCAAUUAAUUAUCUAUUUUAACAGAAAUGGCACCCAGAGCCGAGAAAAAGCCUGCCGCAGAGAAGCCAGUAGAAGAGAAGAAGGCUGUUGCGGAGAAAUCACCGGCGGAGAAGAAGCCAAAGGCCGGAAAGAAACUGCCAAAAGAUGCCGUCGGCGCGGCUUCCGGUGACAAGAAGAAGAAGAGGGUAAAGAAGAGUAUUGAGACAUACAAGAUCUACAUCUUCAAGGUUUUGAAGCAAGUUCAUCCAGACGUGGGGAUCUCUAGCAAGGCUAUGGGAAUCAUGAACAGUUUUAUUAAUGACAUAUUUGAAAAGCUUGCUCAAGAAUCUUCCAAACUUGCUAGGUAUAACAAGAAGCCUACAAUUACUUCUCGCGAGAUUCAGACCGCUGUCAGACUUGUUCUUCCUGGUGAAUUGGCUAAGCAUGCCGUGUCUGAGGGAACCAAGGCUGUUACCAAAUUUACCAGUGCUUAGAAAUUAGGACUUUUAGCUCUGUUUUUAUUUGAAAACAAUGUACUUGGAUUGUCUUUCGAUUAAAUAUAUUAUUUACCCUUAUUA